UUUCUAUUUUUUACAUAUUUUAGUUGAAUUUCCUAAAAAUGGCCAGAAGAUCCGAAACUAUGUCUUAAUUGUUUUCUUCCCAGCUUGCUGUUUGUUGGAUUAGUGUUAACUUCGACUCUUGGACACUUCCGGAUUGAGUUUAUACAAAUCUGGACUGGUGCUUUGGUUUGACCUUUCAAUCUUCGUCGCAAAGGCUACCCAUUAACAACAAAAUCACUUUCCUUCCCAUGCUCCGAACCGACAAAACACUCUGGCCAUAACCCAAUCUGUCAGUUCACACUUCACACACAGCUCAUAGAGAAACCAAGAAAAACAAACACACAAAUCUCUCUCGUUUCCACCUUCAAUUCCCGCCCUCUGCGUCUCCAGCUCUUGAUCGCUUUUCUUUCUUUGAAGCCAUGGGAGUGAGCAACAACAUAACAGCGGUCCUAAACUUCAUAGCCAUCAUGGCCUCCAUCCCCAUAAUCGCUGCCGGCAUCUGGCUUGCCUCGAAGCCGGACAACGAGUGCACCCACUACUUCCGGUGGCCGGUGGUCAUCCUCGGUGCACUCAUCCUCCUCGUCUCCUUGGCCGGUUUCGUCGGCGCUUACUGGAACCGCCAGGGACUCCUCGCUUUGUACCUCUUGUGCAUGGCCGCCCUCAUAGCCCUACUACUCAUCCUCCUCGUCUUCGCUUUCAUCGUCACGCGCCCCAACGGCGGCUACUCCAUUCCCGGUCGAGGGUACAAGGAGUACCGACUCGACGGCUUCUCGGCCUGGCUCAGGGACCACGUCACCAACUCCGGCAGCUGGGAGAAGAUAAGGACCUGUUUGGCCGAUUCCAACGUUUGUGCUAAGCUUACCCAGAAUUACAUCACCCCUGAUCAAUUUUACGCCGCUCCAAUCUCUCCUCUUCAGUCUGGAUGUUGUAAACCUCCAACAGCUUGUGGGUACAAUUAUGUGAACCCAACAUUGUGGUUAAACCCGGUGAACCCAAUGGGUGACCCGGACUGUCUCUUGUGGAACAAUGACCAGAGCAUACUGUGUUACAAUUGCAACUCAUGCAAGGCUGGUCUUUUGGGGAACCUCAGAAAAGAAUGGAGAAAAGCCAAUGUUUUUCUUAUUGUGGCUGUGGUGGUGCUGAUAUGGGUUUAUCUCAUCGCCUGCAGUGCCUUCAAGAAUGCCCAAACAGAGGACCUCUUCCGCCGCUACAAGCAGGGUUGGACUUGAUCUUCAACAUGGAAUCAUUAAUAAUAGAUAUUACUUCUCAUAGAUGCUCAGUGGUGGUAUUAUCUAUCCUUUGUCAGUGGUGUAGAUAAAUAUAUUCCUAUUUUGCUUUCCGUCCAGAAUAAACGGACAUUGAAAGCGAGUUGGGAAUUGGAAGAGUUUUCUGGACUCCGACUUUGAAGAUAAGAAUAGAAUCCCAGAAAAAUUAAGAGCUUUUACGUGAGUGUAGGAUUAUUCGAUUCUUCUGUUUCAGUGGUGGUUUGAUGCUUAUUGAAAGACUCCAUUUCUUUCAA